AUGGAAUCUUUAGAGAAACUCUCGGAAAUCAAACAAAAGAAGAACCGUCCAAAAACAUCAAAGCCAAAAGGAGUCAUAAUCCAAGACCUAAACUCUUCGAGUCUUGAAAUUUCCAAAAGCGAUGGAUUGACAAUUACGAAACCAAUACCUGACCAGAAUUCUGAGAUCUCAAAGAAACUGGAAAAUCAAGAGAAUACAUUCCAAAUUCCGAAAAUCGAUCACUUAGCUACAAAAUACCAAACGGAGAACGAUAUCAAGGCUGUUGGAAAUAUAAUUACCGAAACUAAAGAAGACCUGGGUGCCCAGAUUACUUCCUUAAACAACAAAAUUUCCAAGCUAGAGCCUAUAUUCUCUCUAAUUACCAACUACGAUGUUUCUCAAGAGAAGUCAAUAAUUUCGUAUAUCAUGGCAGAAAUAUACGAAUCCUUUAUUAAAGAAAUCCAUGAAAAAAAGGCUACAAAAGAAGCACUCAAAAAGGCAGUUUCUGAAAACAGCAUUCUCAGAAUAGACUUUGAGAUGAUGAAGCAGAAACAACUAGAAAUUCAAGAUAAACUCUUGGAUACUCAAAAAGAAUGCCUCUCCAUCCGAAGCAAGCUAAAAGAUAAACUUGAGACAACUGAAUUCAUUGAGUUUCAAACUAAUGUAGCAAGUCUUUAUGCCGCCAAGAAGUCAAUAAAAGAAAUCUAUAGUCUAAUGAAUAAAUACCUCAAAAGAGAGGAAUUUGACGACUUCAGUGAAGAAUUUGACAGUUAUAAACAAGAUGUCGAAACAUCUUAUUACAAUCGCAAAGAGGUUCAAAAGAUGUUUCAAGAUCUGGACUCCAAAGUUCAAAACACCUACCAGACUAAAGAAAAUUUGGCUGAAAAAGAAAACAAAAUUUAUACCCAAAUUGAAGAAAUCUCCGAGAAGCUUGAUGAAGAAAGCGAUAAAUCAAGAAAGCAGCAUGUAGAAAUUAACAAAAAUAAACAAGAGAUUUUAGCAAUUUACAAGAAAAUUGCAACCAAAGCUUCACAAGAAGAAAUCAAGCAACUUAACGAUAAAGCUCAACAUUUUGUUGAAAAGACUGAAUUAGAGAAUCUCAAGAAAAAGGUUUUCCCUGAAGUAACAAAAAUGAAGAGGCAGGUAUGGGAAUUUGAAUGAGCCCAGGACCAGCAUAAUAAAAUAAUUGAAAGAUUUGAUGAAGUCCUACUCGAAAAAGCAUCAAAAACUUCAGUCCAACAGGUUUUGCAUAAAUUAAAAAUGGAAUAUCCCACUAAGGACAACCUUGGUUCAAUUCAUGACAGCUUAGAUACUAAACUCACUAAUAACCUCGAAAAAAUCUGAAUCCUUCAAGAGAGUGUCCAAGAUAUCAACGACCGCAUCUCGAAUGAAAUCUCCGAAAGCAUCAGACAGGUUACUAAAAACGAAGCUGACAAAAUUGUAGCUGAUAUGAAAUAAAAUGCUCAGGAAGCAUACCAACGAAGACGAACUGCUAAAUAUGAAACAAACUCUAAAGCGAAAGGCUGAUCGAGAAGAUGUAGAACAACUUUAUGACAAGAAAACUGAUAAGGAAGAUACAGAAACUGCCCAAACUUCAAUAGAAAUUCUUCACAAACAACUGAAGCAUCUGGUGAUGAUGCAAAUGGAAAGCUGAAGAGUCAUGAAGCAAGUAGAGUUUUCUAAUAAGCAAACAAGAAUCAAUAAGAUCAAUACUAUAAUAAACCAGUGACAUGUGCUAACAAAAUGGGUAAAUAACCUCAACGUAGAAUCUCCAAACAUGUAUGAUCUGGUCAUGCCUGAAGAUAUCCAAAAUUUCCAAGAUUUAGUAAAAAGCGAGAUGGAAGAAAUCCCAUUCUCAAACACCAAAUCAUACGAAAACAAGCAAGCUCUGACAAGGAAGUUACAAAGAAUGAAAACAAUGGAUAGGAAUUCCAAACCACCUUUGCUACACCUAGGUUCUACCACCACAAAAUCCAAAAUCCUAAAAAGUUUCCAACAUAGAGGGAUGAAAGAAAUCGCUAAAAGGAACCUCACAGUACACAAAUCAGAUCGAAAGAACAAAAGUUUCCACAAAGCCCAGAACAUCCUAACGAACCUCCAAAACGCUUCAAAAGAUGAUACAUACACAGAGAUGUACAAGUCCUUCCACAAGCAUUCCAGAUCGUUUAAAUCCCAACAUCUCGGGGACCAGCCCGAUGAGGACAAGAAAAUAAAGGUAAUGAUAAACAAGACGCUGGAUUACUACAAUUAAUCGCUCUCAAGAUCCUA